AUGACUAAUUGGAGAAAAGCAAUGGAAGUAUUUAAUACGCAUGUUGGUGGUGUAGCUAGUGCUCACAAUGAUGCGAGAACACAACUUGAGGCUUUUAAAAAUCAACGACAAAGUGUGUCACAUUUGCUACAAGCACAGGGGCGUGAAAUGGAGGUUGCAAAUCGCACUCGAUUAACAGCAACUUUAGAUGUUACACGCUUUCUUUUGAAACAAGGUUUGCCUUUCCGUGGACAUGACGAGUCAUUGAAUUCUUCAAAUAAAGGUAACUUUCUUGAAUUGAUUGAGUGGUAUACCCAAAGAAAUGAUGAGGUUGCCAAGACCAUGAAUGAAAAUGCCCCUGGAAACAAUCAAAUGAAGUCUCCAACAGUUCAAAAGGAUUUAACACGGGCUUGUGCUGCUGAAGUCACAAAUGUCAUUCUUAAUGAUAUAAAAGACAAUAUAUUUUCUCUUAUGGUUGAUGAGUGUCGAGAUAUUUCAGUCAAAGAACAAAUGGGAGUUGUUUUAAGAUAUGUGAACAAACAUGGAUGUGUUAUUGAAAGAUUUCUUGCUAUUGUACAUGUGUCUGACACUUCUGCUAUUUCUUUAAAGAAGGCUAUUGAUGAAUUGUUUGCAAAACAUAAGUUGUCAUUAUCAAGAUUGAGAGGUCAAGGAUACGAUGGAGCUUCAAAUAUGCGAGGUGAGUAUAAUGGAUUGAAGGCUCUUAUAUUGAAGGAAAAUUCAUCUGCAAGGUAUGUCCAUUGUUUUGCUCACCAACUUCAACUAGUUGUUGUUGCAGUUGCUAAAAGCAAUCGAAUUGUGAGUGAUUUCUUCCAAUAUGUUACUAUGAUUGUGAAUAUUACUGGUGCUUCAUGCAAAAGAAAAGAUAAGUUUAGACAACUUGAACAUGAUAGACUUGUAGAAUGUUUGGAGAAAGGUGAUAUUGUUAGUGGCAAAGGAAAAAAUCAGGAAAUCAGUUUAAAACGACCAGGGGAUACUCGUUGGGGUUCACAUUACAUAACUAUUAUCCGUUUGAUGUCUACGUGGACUUCUGUUUUACAAGUGCUUGAAAAUGUGUAUGAUGAUGGUACUAAUGAUGAUAAUAGUGGUAUCGCCACCAGUUUAAUUGAUAAGAUGGAGAAUUAUGAAUUUGUGUUUGUUCUUGAUAUGAUGGUUCAAGAGAUGAGUAAUCGGUUUUCAGAAUCAAGUACGGAGGUACUUACUUGCAUUGCUUGCUUAGAUCCAAAGGACUCUUUUUCUCAAUUUGAUAUUGGUAAGCUACUCCACCUUGCUGAACUUUAUCCGGAGGACUUUUCAUUGACUGAUCGUGCAAUACUUGAGGACCAACUUGAGACUUACAUUCAAAAUGUACGAGGUGAAUUUUCUAUGAUUGAAGAUUUGGGAAGUCUUGCUAAAAAGAUGGUUGAAACGGGGAAGAAUACAAUUUUUCCAUUGGUAUAUCGUUUGAUCGAGUUAGCAUUAGUUUUACCAGUUGCAACUGCUUCUGUUGAAAGAGUUUUUUCUGCGAUGGAAAUUAUCAAGACUGAUUUGCGUAAUAGGAUGGGGGAUGAGUGGAUGAAUGACAGUUUGGUAGUAUACAUCGAGAAGGACAUUUUUGCUACAAUUGAAAAUGAACAAAUUUUACAGCAUUUUCAACAGAUGAGCACUCGUAGGAUCCAGUUGCCUCCUCUUGUUUGUAUGUCUAGAUCUGAUGCUAGUGGUUCAAGUAUUAAAAAAUAA